AUGGUACCAACGUUCCCUUUUUAUAGUAGCACUUCUCAUAAUGAUAUUUAUGUAUAUUUAAUCAAUACCCAAAACAAUUACAACCUCGAAACCCUUCUUAUCACGUUCAAUUUCCUCGACGCUCAACUUCAAGCAGUUAAACUUUUAAAAGCAACAAAUAAAAAAAAGAAAAGUGAAACUCAAAAUAAAAGGAAUGAUCAAGAGAAGUUUGAAGAAAUAACAUUUCCCUGGAGAAUCCUCAAUAUUGGAAUGGCGCUCGUGGAUGAAGAAAGAAGUGUGUAG